GCGCGAUCGUUGCUGGCCCGGCCAAUGUCUCACUCUAUAUUUGGCUAGUCGCAUCCAACAUAUUGCAUAUCUUGCCCUUUCAAAAUUCUCACUUUGCACCGCGCGUCUGCCACUUUAGAGCUCCGUUAAUGGGACUUAGUGAAACGUGCAAAAACGAGCCCUCAUCCUUUUCCAUACGGUGUGUCCUUUUUGCUGGAGAGCGACUCCUAGCAUGUGGUGUACUUGAAUGCAGAAACCUCGUUUCCUAACAUGUCGCAUUGUUACGCGAAAUAUAAUUUCCCUCGUCUCCACUGACACCGGUGAUAGACAAAAAAAAAUUUUCUUUUGUUCGCAUUCAAUCACGGGUUUUUUUAAUUGUGAAUCUGCCAAUCGCUAAAAAGAUAUCAGAAUAGGUCUCGUGUGCUUUGCUCAUCUAACGCACCCCUGGUGAGAGAAAUGGACGGAGAACGAUCGGCCCCUUGAAACUACUCCUGACUUCCAUCUGGACUCAUCUCUCACUUUCGAGGCACGUGUACAUGAAUGGGGACAUUGCCAAGCUCCCACCAGGGGCGGUUUACACAGCCACCCCUGAAACACUCAGCAUGGUUGGAGGUGCUUCCGGUUUAGAUUACGGCGUCAUGAACGGUGGACCAAGUGGAGGAGAAUUAAUGCUCGACGCGGGUGUAGGCACCUUGGAACCUGCACCUCAACUUGCCAUGGGUAUGGGAGGUGCCGUUGGAUACAGUCCAGUAGAUAUCACUAAUAUUGGCGAAGUCUCCGCACCAACCAGUCAAAUGGCCGACCUUUCCGUGUCGGGAAUACCUCUAGAACAACUUAAACAGAUGCUCUCUUCUCAGCUUGAAUAUUACUUCUCCAGAGAGAAUUUAGCGAAUGAUACAUAUUUAUUAUCUCAAAUGGAUAAUGAUCAAUAUGUACCAAUAUGGACAGUAGCAAACUUUAAUCAAGUGAAAAAAUUGACGAAGGAUAUUAAAUUAAUAACUGAGGUGCUGCGAGAGUCUCCUAACGUUCAAGUAGACGAGGAGGGUCAAAAAGUCAGGCCCAAUCACAAACGUUGUAUAGUUAUCUUAAGAGAAAUUCCUGAUAACACUCCUUUAGAGGAUGUAAAGAAUUUAUUCUCAGGAGAAGGAUGUCCUAGGUUUAUUUCGUGUGAAUUUGCACAUAAUAGCUCCUGGUAUGUUACCUUCGAGUCCGACGAAGAUGCUCAAAAAGCCUAUAGGUUUCUACGCGAGGAAGUCAGAGAGUUUCAGGGGAAGCCAAUUAUGGCGCGCAUCAAGGCUAAACCAAUGAACAGGCUACCGAUGCCGACAGUGUCUGGAGUUGGCGGAAUUAAGAAUGGAUAUCGAACUCCACCUCAACCAGCGCCAGUCUACGAUCCUGGAACUUAUCAGCCAAGCCAGCAGCGUUUCAUGUACACAAAUGGCACCACGAUGCCACAAACCACAAUGCCGCCAUAUGCCAAUCAAGUUCACGUUUACCAUCAACCGUUUUACCCAGCCGGAAUGAUGCCUUGGGGAGCAGCAAGUCCGGCUUAUUUCGAUGUAACGAGUAUGUUCACUAUGAAUGGAAUCACUCCUCACGCCACGUACAAACCACACAAUACAAGAUAUAAUCAAAGAAGCAGAAACAAGCAGAGGAAUGGACCGGAGAGAGGCGGUGGAGGAGGAGGAGGUGGCGGCGGCGGUGGUGGCAUGGGCGUCAAUAAUGUCCUAGUGGACGGGAGUUUAAGUGGUGUGGGAGGCGGCGGUGGAGGCAACAUGUCAAUGCCUCGCAAUUCGCACCCUCCACUGAGCGGAGGACCUGUUCCGAUCGUAACAGCGACUCCAGUCCUGGCACCGAGUCUACCCACCGCAAAACCCACUGCUUCUUCCUACCAGGUCGGCACAAAGUUUCACGCCUCCCACUCGACAAACAGUUCGAUUGGCGAGACGCAAUACAACAGCAGUCACAAUAAGGGUUCUCAGGAGGGCGAUGCUCAGACCCUUGAGACGAGCGCAGUACAAUUCACGCGUCACCGCAUACAUCGCAGGACCAAAGAUCAAGAGACAACCUCGAAGGCGAACAGCAGCCCACAACCCUCGAAUAGAGAUUCUGCUCCGGCCAGUAAUACGCAGCACAAUCGAGGGGUCCAGUUCGACCUUGAGGCAUCCGCUUUCCCACCGCUUCCCGGCUUAGACGCCGAUCACACCAAGUCACACAAUCCAACGACGGAGACUGUGACCGCUGAAUGUUCGCAGUCGCAAAACAGACUCGCCGACGUAGUCAAAGGCACGGCUAAAAUAAAAAGCACAAAGGACAAGGAACCAGGGAUCGCUCAACAGUUCCACCAUCACCACCAUCACCAGAUCAGUAAUAGCAGUAGGUCCGCGAGUCCAGGCUCCUCUCACGCAGCCGUCGUCGCCGCUGCUACCACCACUGUUGCCAACACUGCUACCGCCGCCGCCGGUUGUUCGCAGGAGAAUGCUGGACCAAGCAACUCGUCUUCAGUUUCCGGCGCCGCUCCCUCAUCGAACUCCAAUACCUCGGCCAGCAACGUCGAAGUCACAGACAAUGCUCUGAGCACCAUUACUCUCACCCCCCCGUCAUCUCCCGAUAAAUCUAUAAAGACUGAUGACUCGAACUUGAUGAAUGGUGUGGAUGAGGCCAUAAGUACAAAUGCACAAGCAGCAGAAGAGUCCGAACCAGUGACCAGGUGCGAUUGUGACAUCCCUACUGCCACCCAGAAUACCCAGUCGCAAUCUGGAGUGGCCUCUGCCUUUCCUGUAGAUCUUACCAGGCCAAGUUAUGCCCAAGUAGCCCAACAUUGUCGCGAACUACCAUGUACAAAACACAAAGCAGAUGAAAGGGAUGGAAAUGCGUAAGCCGAUAUGUAAGUAAGCUGCUCAUUCAUAAUGUCCUUCCUCUGAUCAAUUGUUCGUAGCUUCUAAAGAAAAAAAAAAAUUAAGAAAAAAAAAAUCGUUGAUGACUUGAGAGUAACAAAGCAAUGGAUCGACCCAAGGAUUUCUCAAAAUUUCCCUCAUCAAAGCAAAGGAGAAAGCGAUUCACAAAAAAUUUUUUUUGCGUUGAUAUAAAAAGGAACGAUCUUUUGCGCUGAUAUUCUUAAGAGAAAAACAGAGAGAGUGAGAGAGAGAGAAAGAGAAAAUGUUAAAGUACAUAUUUCUGAUUGAAUGUUAUCAAUGUGUAAUAUUCAUACGAGAACGUUUACAGAUACUACUGCGAUCAAUUUGAAUAUUUAGCAAUUACCAUUCAUUUGGAUUGAGUGGAUUGUUUACCGCUGCUUUUAAAAAUGCUAUAACAGACAAAAAAAAAAAAAAGUGGGCACGAAGAAAACUCUUUUUACAUUGUACAGUGACUUCGCCUACAAUGAAUGUGGUAUUGGUUGACAAAGGAUGAUAAAAGCAAAAAAAAAACUUUUUAUUUCACGAGACAGUAAUCCCCCCAUGCCCCCCUUCCUCCCAAAUUUCCCAUUUUACUUUUAAGAAGAAAUAUGAUUGCUGGCAGGAUAAUACACUAUCUAACGGAGAGUAUUGUUAUUGCUUUGGUUCUGUGAUUUUGGAGGUACAUAUUUGUUAGCUUGUAAAAAAAAAUGUUAAACUAAGGUGUUAAUCUUUUUAAUUCCUUUCUCCUACCUACUUAUCAUAGUGCAGAGCCGUAAAUGGGAAAUCUUUGUAUUUGUGCCAAACUCUGCUAUUUACACAUACACACACAAAGAACAAUGUAGAAAAUGUUUGUUUUUGGUUUUUUUUCUUUUUUUUUUUUCUUAAUUUGGAUUUUCUAAUUUUUUCCAGAAUAUUGAUCACGGGGGAAUUGAAAUCAAACUUAAUCUUUUGCGCGAGAAUGAGGGAAAUAAAAUUAAUGCAUCUUGUACAGAAAUGAUUAUGUCACGAAGAAUAUUUAAAAAAAAAAAUCGAUUCAGAAAAUCGAUGCUUAGUUUUUUAAGAAAUUGGCUGAUUUAGAUUGUCAAUUAAAUUGGAAUAAUUAUUAGUUUUAAACGUAAAUUUUUUUUGUUGGAAAUUUUUGGGCAAUUGACUUUGUUUUGUUUGUAGUGUCUUAUAAGUAAUCAAGCAAAAACAGUAGAUGAAAUAUUUUAUUUAAUACUUUUAUCAUUUUUUUUCUAUUUUUUUCUAUUUUUUUUUUUUCAUUUACUUUUUUUAAGGGUCAAUUUUCUUUUUUUUCAAUUUGACCAAUGCAUUUUUUGAAAAAUGAAUAUUUUUUUCUUUUUGUAAUUGUUAACAAUUUUUUUUUAAAAGCAUUUGAAAAGAGAAAUAUUUUUUUUGCACAUUUGAUUGGUUUUUUGAGACCUUGACAUGCCUUAAAUAUUUAUAAAUUCGGUGGCCAUAAUAGUGUGGAUCAAAAAAUGAGGGGAGGAAGGGAAGGGGGAAAAAAUUUUAUUGCUUAGAUAUUGUACUAUAAUUCUUAGUGUAAAGUUUGUAUAAUUAAACAAAAUGUAAAAAAAACGAUGAUUAGGUAAGAAUGUUGCAGAAAAGCAAGCUCCAAAAUGUAUUAUUCUACAAUUAUUAUAAUGUUCUAUAUACUAGUCUUUACUAGAAGCUUUAAAAUGGAAAUUUCACGGGAAACGGAAUGAACAAAAAUAUUAAAAAAAAAAAAAAAAGAAAAGGUCACCAUUUAUCAUUCCGUCGUCAAUAUUCUGGAAAAAAAAUUUUUCUUUCACAACUUGUUAUUUCCCGAAUUCUGAGAUCUAUAAUUAAUUAAUUAAUUAAUUAUUAUUAUCAUUAUUAUUAUUAUUAUUAUCAUUAUUAUUAUUAUUAUUAUUAUUAUCAUUAUUAUUAUUGCUAUUAUUAUUAUUACUAUUAUUAUUAUUAUUAUUAUUAUUAUUAUUAUUAUUAUUAUUAUUAAUAUUAUUUCCGUUUGUAUACCUAAUUACGGCACUGACAAUUUUUAAAAUAUAAUUGUUACAAGAGAUAACAUACAAUAGAAAAAUCUGCUUUGGCAAGUAACAUAAGACAUUGUGAGGAAAAUGGUAUUUGAGCACACAAUUAAGUGCCUCAAGUGUUGUGAAAUAUUACAGGAGCUUGGCUUUAGAUGUUAUGUAAUUACAUGUAUCUAUACAUUAUAAUAAAGAGCGCAUAUGAUAUAUUUGUUACUGAUAUGCGUGCAGAAUUGAGGUAAUGGAUGCUAAAAAAAAAUAAAUAAAUAAAAACCAAUCUCCUGAAACUAUAAAAGAUUUAUUGACAUAUGUAAUUAUAUUGUAAGUUAGCAAUGCUGCCUUUUAAUUUUUUUUUUACAUUUUCAAAGCGGUUCAAUUGCAAUUGUUGGAAAUGUCAGGAAAUCGAUUGUAAUCUAAUUAAUAUAUUCAUUAUUUGAGUUUA